UUUGUGAACAAAUGCUUCUCCCAAGAUGAAAUCGGAUCCAAUUUCCCUCUCUGGUUUUGAAGCGAAAAAGAUGUUAACAUCAAAAUCUGUUUUCAUGAGGAAUCCCGUACACCAUGGAACACGAUCCAUUUUGUGUGCGCUCAAGCUAACAAUGUCCUUUUCCUCGAAGCCUCAAGUUGCAGAAAAUCAGUCGUUCUUCACACCUUUACCUCCCAAGGAUUUAGCGCUGCAAUUUAAACAUCAAAUUGCUGGCAGGAAAUACCUGCCUGGAUCUGGUGGAAAGGGCCUCCCGAAAUUCCUUUCAUCCGCAAGAGAAGGAUUUCCAUUUGCUUUGCGCGCCGAAUCUAUUGAUCACCUGACCCCUGAUAAAUGGGGUCAGCUUUGCCGGGAACAGCUCGAUAGAGUUCUUCCAAAAUACAACGCUGUCUUAUUUCGCAAUUUGCCCCUUUUUGAAGCCGGAGAUUUCGCCAAGUUUGCGGACAACCUCGGCUACAAACCAACGAAUUACGAAGGUGGUACCGGAAACAGAUACCUAGCAGAAGGUGAAACGGAAGUGUAUUUAUCCACCAGUGAUCCCCCAGAUUUUAACAUCGAGCUUCAUAAUGAGAUGGCUUGUUCACCAGUUCAUCCCAAGAAGGUCAUUUUCUUUUGUCUCACUGAGCCCAACGAAGAAUGGGGAGGUGUAACUCCGCUGGUCAGAAAUAAUGAGGUCUACGAUCAGCUUGAUCCGGAAGUGAUAAAGAUACUGGAAGAAAGACAAAUACGCUACACUCGAUACCUACCUGACGAGAAACAUCAUCCUUAUGCCUCUUGGCAACAGUCGUUUAUGACCAAAGACCCAAAGAAGGUGGAGGAAUACUUGAAAAGAGAAAAGUUCAAUUACGAGUGGGAGGAAAGCACUGGAAAUCUGUAUUACUGGUAUGUACUCCCACCACUGGCGACUCAUCCAGUUACAGGCCGCAAAAUUUGGUUCACACAACCAAACGUUCAUCACAACACGUACUAC